AUGGGUUGUGGUGCAUCAGUGGCAACAGACAAAUCUGUCGUAAAUUCCACUACUCCUGUCAAUAUAAGUUCACCCACACAUCCUCACCGUUCUCAAGUCUCUAUCACGAACGGAGAAAAAGGUCAGCAACGUGUACAAGCCAAAGAUCUUGUACAAAAUUAUUUUCUACUUUGGCUCGAUAGUAAUCUAGACGAGUCAAACGAAGAUUUUCGAAAUUCAAUUAAGCAAUUGCAACUAACCGUCGAUACCAUUGAGAAAUUUCGUAAUGCCGAUGAAUGUUUUAACUAUAUUUCAAGUUUCAAAAAUCAAAAAGCUUUUCUUAUUGUAUCUGGGGCUCUUACCGAAAAUGUCGUACCACGUGUUCACCGCAUGUCUCAAAUUUAUGCAAUCUAUAUAUUUUGUCGCAAAAAAUCAAAAUACGAACAAUGGAAAACGGAAGAGUGGCCGAAAGUAAGAGGUGUAUUCACGGAAAUCCACUCGAUUUGCGCUUCCGUUCAGCAAUCAGCUCGAGAAUGCGAUGAUGAUACUGUUGGCAUUACUGGUGAAUUAGAAUCAUCAUUUAUGUAUACAACAUUUUUCAAAGAAAUUGUACUUGAAAUUGAUUUUGACGAAAAGAAAACAAUUCCAGAACUUGCUGAUUAUGCUUGUCAACAAAAGGUGUAUGCUAAUAACAAAAAAGAAUUAGAACUCAUCAACAAAUUCGCCCAAGAAUAUUACGGCAAUAUCGACAACAAUCCUGUUCAAUGGUAUACUGCUGAAUGUUUCACAUACAAAAUGCUCAACAAAGCACUAGGUAAUCUAGACGUUACUACUUUACUCAAAACAGGUUUCUUCAUGCGUGAUCUUCAUCAAAAUAUCCAACAACUUCACGACGAACAAUUGAAUGACAAGGAUAAACCAUUUCCAAGUAUAGUUUACCGUGGUCAAACUAUGACACAACAAGACUUCGAAAUCAAAAUCCAACCAAACAAACUCAUGUCUUAUAAUAACUUCUUAUCAACAAGUGAAGAAAGAUAUGUUGCCGCUGAUUUCAUUCGCAGAAAACUUCGAAGUGACAACACAAAAAUUGGUGUACUCUUUAUCAUAACAAUUGAUCCAUCAAUAAAAUCGGUUCCAUAUGCUCGCAUCGCUAAAUUCAGCAAAUUUCCAAACGAACUAGAAAUUCUCUUUUCAACGCACACCGUAUUUCGGAUUCGACAAAUCAAAGAAAUCCAACAGGAAGAAAUGAAGAUAUGGCAAGUCAAACUUACACUUACUAGUGACGAUGUCAAUGAAGAGUUGAGUGCACUUACAAACCAAAUACGGACGGAGAUCACUGGUACUGGUUGGCAACGAAUGGGCUUAUUAUUAUGGAAAAUGGGGGAGAAUAAUAAAGCAGAACAAGUUUUUACGAUGUUACUCGAACAAGCACCCGAUGAUGUCAAUAAUCAAGCGUAUUGUUAUAACCAACUUGGGCUCAUGAAAGAUAACCAAGGACAAUAUAAUGCAGCCAUCGACUUUUAUGAAAAAUCACAUAAGAUAAAAGAAAAAACUCUUCCUCUGAAUCAUCCCAAUUUGGCUACUUCCUACAACAACAUCGGUGCAGUGUAUGACAACAUGGGUGACUACUCGAAAGCACUUGAAUUUUACGAAAAAGCACUUAAAAUAAGAGAAAAAGCUCUGCCUCCAAAUCAUCCCGAUUUGGCUACUUCCUACAACAACAUCGGUGCAGUGUAUUACCACAUGGGUGACUACUCGAAAGCACUUGAAUUUUACGAAAAAGCACUUAAAAUAAGAGAAAAUGCUCUGCCUCCAAAUCAUCCCGAUUUGGCUACUUCCUACAACAACAUCGGUCUAGUGUAUAACAACAUGGGUGACUACUCGAAUGCACUUGAAUUUUACGAAAAAGCACUUAAAAUAGAAGAAAAAACUCUGCCUUCGAAUCAUCCCGAUUUGGCUACUUCCUACAAUAACAUCGCUUCGGUGUAUGACAACAUGGGUGACUACUCGAAAGCACUUGAAUUUUACGAAAAAUCAAAUAAAAUUUUCGAAAAAGCGCUGCCUUCGAAUCAUCCCGAUUUGGCUACUUCCUACAACAACAUCGGUUUGGUGUAUGACAACAUGGGUGACUACUCAAAAGCACUUGAAUUUUACGAAAAAGCACUUAAAAUAAGAGAAAAAGCUCUGCCUCCAAAUCAUCCCGAUUUGGCUACUUCCUACAGCAACAUCGGUUUGGUGUAUGACAACAUGGAUGACUACUCGAAAGCACUUGAAUUUCACGAAAAAGCACUUAAAAUAAGAGAAAAAGCUCUGCCUCCAAAUCAUCCCGAUUUGGCUACUUCCUACAACAACAUCGGUCUCGUGUAUAACAACAUGGAUGACUACUCGGAAGCACUUGAAUUUUACGAAAAAGCACUUAAAAUAAGAGAAAAAGCUCUGCCUCCAAAUCAUCCCGAUUUGGCUACUUCCUACAACAACAUCGGUGCAGUGUAUUACCACAUGGGUGACUACUCGAAAGCACUUCAAUAUUUCAAAAAAACACAUCAAAUCUUCGAAAAUGCUCUGCCUCCGAAUCAUCGUCAUCUGGCUUUUCCAUACAACUGGUUCGGAAAAAUUUAUCGCAGUAUGAAAGAUUACCCAAAAGCACUUGAUAAUUUCGAAAAGUGUCUCGCAAUAUGGAAAAAAGCCUUACGUGAUAAUCAUCCAUAUCUAGCUUUAACAUACAGUAAUAUUGGUGAUGUUCAUCGAUUAAUGGGUAAUUAUGAAAAGGCACUUGCAUUUCAUCAAAAAGCAUUAAAUAUUCAAGAAAAUGUUCAAUGUAAUCCUCUGGAAUGUGCAACGACAUAUAUAAAUUUAGGUGAAACUUAUCGUGAAAUGAAAGGUUAUUCAACAGCAUUGACAUAUUAUCAAAAAGGAUUAGAAAUACGUCAGAAGAAAUUACCAAAAAGUCAUCCUAAUUUAGCUGUAGUUUUUCAUAAUAUGGCAAAAUUAUAUUUAUCUACUCGACAAUAUAAUAUGGCAAUAGAAAAUGUUCAACAAGCGAUAGAUAUAGCUCAAGAAAAAUUACCUUCGAAUCAUCGACAUCUUUUGGAAUAUAAAGAAACAUUUGAAGAAAUUCUAAAGAAAAUGUAA